AUGAGCAUGAACUACGCGUCUGCGGCGCCCACGCAGAGGUCGACGUCGUUUUUCAUCGAGGACAUCUUGCUGCACAAACCCAAGCCGCUGAGAGAGGUCAUCCCCUCGCCGUUCUGCAGCACCCUCGCCUCCCGGAUGCCCAUCCUUGAGUACGGAUACCCGCUGAUGCCAACCCCGAUCCUGGCGCCACAUCCGCACCAUCCUCUCCACAAGCCGGAGCAUCACCAGUACUUCUUCACAUCUGGGAUGCAGAUGCCGGCCUUGUUCCAGCACCACGCGGAGCUACCGGGGAAGCACUGCAGACGCAGGAAGGCCCGGACGGUUUUCUCCGACUCGCAGCUGUCCGGCCUGGAGAAGAGGUUUGAAAUCCAGCGCUACCUGUCCACACCGGAGAGAGUGGAGCUGGCCACGGCGCUCAGUCUGUCCGAGACACAGGUGAAAACGUGGUUUCAGAACAGGCGGAUGAAGCACAAGAAGCAGCUGAGGAAGGCGCAGGACGAGCGGAAGACGCCCGGAGAGCUGGAGAGGUCCGCGGACAACUCGAGCGAGAGCGAGCUGCACGAGAAGAGCGCGGAGGAGCUGGCGCGCGCGCUGGAGCCGGACUCGUACAUGCUGGAGGAAAACGACGACGACGUGGACAUCGAGGACGACGUUUGCUCCCCGGACCAUCUACUAUAG